UACCCGCUUUCGCGAUGGAUCAAUAUACUCCCUACCGAGCAAUUCAAGAUUCAUCCUCUGACGUACUAGAGUGGAAAUAUUUCUUUUACUAAAUAGUGUUCGAUCUUAACUCUAGGUCUAGCACCUCUUAUUGCUCAUAUCGUGGCCGAAUUUCCUCGACCGUCCUACCUCUACGAACGCCCUCUAAAGUGGAAUUAGGGUAUUGCUCUUUACAACCCCACGUCCAUCUUAUGGCGCUAUGCCGCAAUUACAGGUCGACGAAUUCGAGCCAAGGCUUGGAAUAGGAAGGAUAUUACCGGGACCAAUAUGCUCUUUUGGACAUCGCGUGGAUGGGACGGCUCGGGGGAGAUGAUUGCUCUAAGCUCUCCGUACUGCAUACAUUUGCCUCCGCACUCCCGAAUUGCUUUAUUUUCCGGCGAGUUCACCAAGACUAUCAUUGCGACGUUACAGGGCGCACAAAUCGUUGCCUCUCUCAGUCUAUCCGUAGGCGGCACUUCGGGCGGCUACGUCGUUUAUAUGGGCGUCGACUUGAUCUUCUUUCCCCUAGCUUUCAUAGGCCUUGUUCGCCUCUUUUGCGCAUUUUGGCUUACUGACAAGUUCGCAUAUAUACCUCUCGUGCCUUACGUCAACUUGGUACGCAUUACAUACCGGCAUUCUCAUGUGUAUGGCAACAAUAAUCUUCGUCGUAUCCUGUAUCGAGACAAGAGGGACGGCAUGUGGGCGGUGGACUAGCGGUCCGGUUGAUACCGGAGAUUUCUGGGCAUGCGCAG